AAAUUUUGAAAAGCAUUUUGGGAUGCUCAAUGAACAUUCAAAAUAUUUCUGAUGAUGAAUAUAUUCAAGACAGAAAUGAAAGCAUUCGACUAGGAAAAAUAAUCGAAAAACUUUAUCAAGAAAGGGACCAAGCCAUACAAGAUGCAAAGCAACUAGCAAAAGCCCUUGAACGGAAGAAAGAAAGCAAAGGUUCUUCCAGUGUGUCUGCCUUGUCAACGAAGCAUAUUACCUGCAAUUUGUCUCCAAAGCUUCUUUCUAUUUUGGCUUAUAGUGAUAUUAUCUUUAUAGGUCAGAAUGUUUCUCUCACUUAUGGAUGAUAGCUAAAAGUAUACUUUCAAAGACUUUCAAUAAUUCUGUCAACCUCAAGUGGGGAAGAUUUUACUUCCUCGAGUCGUACUCGAUUCACAAUGUUUCUUGGAAGAUAUGAAAUGGAAAUGGUUUGUUUCAGAUGAGUAUAAUUGUAGGCUAGUCUCUACAGAAUGUUUUUAUAUUCCCAAUCCAAACGACGUAAAUCAAAAUCUACAAGUGGAAUGGACUCGAAAGCUUGAAAAUGAUAUCGUAGUGCAAAGUUUCCAUUUGGGAAAAAUUCGUCUCUGUUCUUAUGUAGAAAAACUAUUAAUGUCCUUUGAACUUAUGGGAAGCGCUAUAUUCACAGGAUUGCUCAAUCAUCAAGGAGAAGUCCUCACGAUGGUGAUAGAAAAGGAAUAUCUUUCUAUAGGCUAUGAUAUGAAAACUCAUACGGAUGGCAAUUUUUACUUUGAUAUGAAGGAAAUCAGAGUUCAUUGCAUGGACUCUUCUCAUUCAAAGCCUGGCUUUUGUAUCAAUUCCGAAUACGAAUUCUUUGUAGAAACAAGGUUGGAACUGAUUUUGAUAUACUGUACUAUUCAUAUGUUUGCAUUAUCUGCAAAUACUUGGGGAACCAACUCGCUUUCAUCGACAAAGUGGACACUUGGAAGAAAGCAAAAUGUUGAAGA